CGCUCCCCUCUUUUCCCAAACGUCAAAAUCUCGUUGUCGCGGACGGUCGUUUGUGUUCGCGUCGUCAGUUCGCGUUAUUUCGUAAGCCUUCUUGGUUACAAGCGUCAAUUUUACAGUGACAUCAGUAAAAUUUGGAUAGUUUGUGUGUUCAGUGAUAUUUAUAACAAUUAAAUAGCACGAGAAGAUGUCUUUCAAUACUGACAUAUCGACGAAAUUAGAAAAUAGCAGGAACACACUGCGCAAGAUAGCUCGGAAUGAUAACACAGAGUUUUCAAAACAGAGCAUCCUCAAUGACAUGGAGAGAUUUGUCAAAAUGGUAAACACCAUGGACGAGACUGUGCUAGUGCCCAGCCGCCUGAUGAACCUUCCCCAGGAGGGGGACGAUGACCCAUUCAGCAUGUUCGCUAUGCUGAAUGACCUGAAGACUGAGUUGCUGUGGGCUGGUGAUUCUGAUGAGCAAGUGGAGCGUGGGAACAGGAGGGUUUCUGAUAUAAGUGAUACAGAAAGUGAUGCGUCAAGUGCUGCGGGUGAUUCUGGGAUCGAGGGCGAGGAUGAGAGGGAGUCGACUGCCCGUGCUGCCGCAGCGUGCCGGCGUCAUCUGAGAGGACUGAGGCGGUCACUCCGCGCGCUCACCGCCGCCGCUGCGCACCUAACGAGGUCGUAUCAAGAAGAGGUCGGUGCGCCGGUGUAGGAUAAGCAUGUAUUCCUGUGAUUCAUUGAAGUCUGUCCCGCACGUGUACAUAUAGGUUAAGCGGCCCGUUGUAAAUAUAGGCUAAUGGGCUGGUCGUGUAUGGGAAUUUCAGUAAGUUAAAUGCGGUUAUUUAAUAAAAUUAAUUUUCAUUA